AUGAAGGAGCUCUACAGCCAAGUUGCUGAGCAUCUCGAACAUCUCGUCAAAGACCAGUCUCCCCUUUCUCAACCCCUGAAUUACGCGAGAAUGGAAGAUCACGUUAUGGACCACGACGCCGUCGACCAUAUCGACUCUGUCACCGCUCCUCCUCAAAUGUCUGUGGCAAUUUCCUCCCAGAUUCCGGACCUGAUCGCCAGACAAUUCCCCCGCUUUCCUAAGCUUCCUCUCGAGCUUCGCCAAAUGAUCUGGACACUCGCAGUCCUCACACCCCAGAUUACCACCUUCCGUAUCACUCCGCACGCGGGGGUUUGGUAUCCAUCGGUUGCGCCAUCCCAUAGUCCAAUUCGCUUUGUCAACAAAGAGGCACGCAGACUCUUCUUGCGUGUCAAGAAGCCAUGCAUCGACCUAUUGAUCAAGCUCAAGACGGAUGCCGAACGCGCAGCCUCAGUUUUUGACACCUGCAGUUAUGUCGAACCCCUUGCACCUCAAUGGCGGAAUGCUUAUGCUUUGGCACCAAAGAUAUUCGUCAACCCGGCCAUUGACAUCAUUUGGAUGAACACAACUUCCCUGAAAAUGUGCCAGAUGGGGCACUACUGGAUUGAUCUUCAGAUCCAACGGUUGGCAUUGGAUUACGAGGUCUGGAAACGCUUCACGAAGGUCUUCGAUUUCCCCGAGACUUACAUUAACAAGAAUAUCCUCGGCCUGGGUGUCAAAGAAGUGAUAUUUGUUGUUGGAGCAACCUCCAGCAAUGCUCCGGUCCCGAAUAUCAUUUUCGUUAAGCCGAGAGCACCCCCUAGUGUCGUCCUUGGGACGAGAUUUUGGGAGGGUGCCGUUGGGCGGGAAUUUCUCAUGUCGUCCCGCCGAAGAUUCCGAAAAUAUGUUUGCGAGACAGAACUCAAAGAGAAAUGCACCUGGGAGUGCCUGGAGGAGAUUGUCUUGGGUAACGUGGACAAGGCCAGGCAAAAGGUCGAGGAACUUAGGAAAAACAACGAUCCUCAGAGGUUGGCUCGAUACCCCCAGGUAUCCAUCAUGAGCGUCAAGUUCAUGGAGGCAGUGGCUGUCACAGUCUAG